CCGCAGUUGUGACUCGGGACGCGCACAACGGAUCGCCCUCAGACAUCAUGAUGCACGACAACGCAUAUAAGGCCCGGGCACAAGAACCGAGCGCAACUCUUCCGGCCCCGACGUGACUUGCACACCCGCUGUGGCGACUCACUCCGCAUACCCCUGCGCCAGCGACUACCAGGAAAUGAUGUCCGACCUCCUUGCAGUGCCUUCCUAUUCGGAAACAAAGGCGUCUUCGUCUUCGGAAUCACUCCUCGGGGACCUUACCCCGCCGCGCUACACCCCAUCCCCUCCUGCCCCGCACUACACGAGCGAGCCGAAGCGCGACGAGCUUACGCUGCAGGAGGCGCGCCGGCCGAAUGCUCUCCCGUCGGGUAGCUUCGUGACGUCCGCGGGUCCUCUUACCCUGGAGAUCGCCCACCAGGUCGACGGCGUCUCGACACCCACACUGAAUGCGCGCGGUCGCCUCCGCGGUACCCUCGCGCUUGACAUGCGCGACCGCUCCAGUAUUAUCGGCGUCACCCUGACACUUUCAGGUCGUAUGAUCCUUGAGGCCGCAGGCGCUGGCAGGGAAACAGUGACGCUCUUGAAGGAGACGCACGACCUUUGGUUGGACCAAGGUCCCGUUCCGAGCCUCGUUCCGAUCGACAUCGUGGUUCCUUCGACCUUCGUCGACAACGAUGGCGAGGUGCGGUCGCUGCCGCCGUCGUGCGACUUCACGGACGAGCCUAUGGGCCCGGCUGCGCCGGUGAGCGCGCAAGUGGCCUACAACCUCAGCAUCGUUGUCGAGCGCGAGCGGCGGCAUGGCAUAUUCUCGCAGACCAAAUCGUCAGUGAGGACUUCAUUGAACGCGCACAAAGUACUGACCACAGAUAUCAGACUGACAACACCAUUUGAACUCGUCCCGCGUACGCGCCCCGACCAUGGCAUCAUUCCUGUCCCGAGUUUCUUCUCCACGAUGAAGACGUCUCCGGAGGAGUGGCAUCAGGCGGUGUCCGAGAUUGCCACGAACCCAGCCUCCGGCGUACAAUCACUCAAGUCGCAUCUGUUCCUGCCCGCCGGCAAAGUAUAUUGGAUCGGCGAUGCCAUUCCGUUCCACCUGUCGGUCACCGGUCCCUCGACUUCAUUGCACGCCCUGUUCCCCUCGGAGUCGGCAGCUGGCGCGCCUUCGACCGGUGCUCAGAUCACGGUCAAGGUUCUUCGACAGAUCGCGGUCACUGCGCGCAAGCACCGCGCGGUGCGGAACGUCAUCAUCGGCCACGGCACCCUCCGGAGCGUCGAGCCCUUCUCCAGCGCGCGGGGCGAGCAGCGGGACUGGGAUGGGUUCGUACAAUUCACGCCGUUCACGAAGUCGGUCCCGACAAUUCGCAGUGUCCUCUCUCGCAGCGAGCUCAAGAUGGACAACAACAGCACCGUGUGUGGCUUCAACGUCGGUAGUCUCGUUGUGAAGGACUUCAUCGUGCUCGAGAUCAAGCCCGUCAGCCCUGCCACCUCGCCCUUCCACACUCAUCAGAACCCGGUCUUCGUGCGCUUCACCACGGACCCAUACGUCGAGUCGUAUGGCCCAGACCAACCGUCGUAGCCUCAGCCGUUGGCGAAGGAAGAGCAUACCGCUGGCGAAGGAAGACCGCGCCUGGUGGACAAAAUCAACGGUGGACGCAUGUGAAUGCGGACGUCUCGUAAAUCGGUAAACUUGCCGUCGCAUACGACGCACUCUCUCCUCGUGGACGCAUGGGCCGAGGGCCACUAGUCCUUGAGUACGUCCGGCCCCUUCGGGAGGUUGACGUACGAGGAAGAGACGCGAGUCGGCGUAGACUGUAUAGGAUUGUAAUUUAUUGGGCAGAAAUGCACACUAUCCGCUGGGAUCGUCGCUCUAAAGGCCGCCUACACGACGCACGUUGAGGUAUAAGAACGGACGCUCGCAUG